GUUUUGGCGCCGAACGUUUCAAUCGCAUUUCUGCGCGGGCAAUGUCCUUUUGUUGUUAGCUAAACACGAAGUUUAAUUGUAGUGUAUAACCAGUAAUUUACUACAUCAGACAACUACAAGACAGCAUGCAGCGAAGCAUAUCAUCUUUCUUUCAGCCCAAAACGGGCAAAGAGAAGGAGAGCAAAAAAAGUGAUGGACCGGGGAAAGACGAGCCGGUGAAAGACAAGCCAGAACCAAUCAAAAGGCCUCUCAAAGUUCAGAAUGGGGUCCAUGAAGAGCCUGAUUCGCCCGUGAAGAAGUUCACUAAACGCAGUCGUCAGAUCUUGGACAGUGAUGAUGAGGCUCCAGCCAGAAUAGAACAGGAGCAAGAGGACAAGGCUGUGCAACCCAAGGAGGAAGUAUUCAAGGCUGUUACCAACCCCCUGUCCCCCGCCUCUCCAGUGACCUCAUCCGCCUCCCCCACCCCUGGAACCCCUGACACCCCCACUUCCAUCUCACCCUCCGGAAUACCCAAACGCCGCACCGCGAGGAAGCAGUUCCCCAAGAGAAAGCUGGACAGCAGGAGUGGCAGUGAAAAGGAGGAGGAAGAACAAGGACAGCAGAAUAAAAGGGCAAAGGUUGAGGAGACGCAGGACAGCACCGAGAAUGAAGAGGAAGCGAUGGACGUGGGAGGAGAGAACAGUGUGGAUAAGCCUAAGGUGGCGCAGAACAACCCAGAGGAGAAAGAGACGGAUGAAGAGAAGACCAAAGAUGGAGAGAAGGAGAAAGCACUUGAUGUGAAAGUGACCGCGACCGAGGAGGAAAAAGGAAAAUGUGAAAAGGUUAAAGAGAGAAGUCCUAAGGGUCAAAAGGUUAAAGAGAGAAGUCCUAAAGAGAGAAGUCCUAAAGAGAGAAGUCCUAAAGAGAGAAGUCCUAAAGAGAGAAGUCCUAAAGAGAGAAGUCCUAAAGAGAGAAGUCCUAAAGAAAGAAGUCCUAAGGUUCAAAAGGUUAAAGAGAGAAGUCCUAAGGGUCAAAGGUCGGUAAAGGAUGAGAAAGACAUGAAAGAAGAGAAAGUGUCAGCAAGCCCCCAAGCAAAAAAAGCCCACACCAUCAGCAGUUUCUUUGCUCCCAGGAAGGCUGCUGUAAAGAUGGAGCAACCAGAGAAGAGCGAGGGAGACGGAAAGGAGAAGAGCGACGGAAAGGAGAAGAGCGAGGGAAAGGAGAAGAGCGAGGGAAAGGAGAAGAGCGACGGAAAGGAGAAGAGCGACGGAAAGGAGAAGAGCGACGGAAAGGAGAAGAGCGAGGGAAAGGAGAAGAGCGAGGGAAAGGAGAAGAGCGAGGGAAAGGAGAAGAGCGAGGGAAAGGAGAAGAGCGAGGGAAAGGAGAAGAGCGAGGGAAAGGAGAAGAGCGAGGAGUAUAUAAAGGAAGGGGCGACGGUGUCCCCUGCCACGGAGGACGUUAAAGACAAGAAAGGAGAGAAGACUGCCCAGGCCCAGUAUGACCCGUCCAGACCCAACUACCACCCUGUAGACCACGCCUGCUGGAGCCGGGGACAGAGGGUCCCGUAUUUGGCUGUUGCACGCACCUUUGAAAAGAUUGAGGAAGAUUCUGGCAGAUUGAGGAACAUUGAAACAUUAUCAAAUCUCCUACGCUCUGUUAUCAUCCUCUCUCCAGAGGACCUGCUGUGCUGCGUCUACCUGUGUCUCAAUCAGCUGGGUCCUGCUUACAAGGGGCUGGAGCUGGGAGUGGGAGAAACUGUUCUGAUGAAGGCUGUCGCCCAAGCUACUGGGCGACAGUUGGACAAAAUCAAGGCGGAGGCUGCAGAGAAGGGGGACUUGGGGUUGGUGGCUGAGAGUUCCCGUAACAACCAGAGAAUUAUGUUCCAGCCAGCCAAUCUGAUUGCAGGGGGUGUGUUCAACAAACUGAAAGACAUCGGGAACAUGAGUGGGAAUUCUGCCAUGAAUAAGAAGAUUGACAUCAUCAAAGGUCUCUUUGUAGCCUGUCGUUUCUCUGAAGCCAGAUACAUUGUCAGGUCGCUGGCAGGGAAGCUGAGGAUUGGCUUGGCUGAACAGAGUGUACUGUCUGCCCUGAGUCAGGCCGUGUGUCUGUCUCCUCCAGGACAAGACUUCCCUCCGGCGGUGAUUGACGCGGGGAAAGGAAUGAGUGCAGAAAAGCAGAAAGCUUGGAUAGAAGAGAAGAGCCUUCUCCUCAAACAGACUUACUGUGAGAUGCCCAACUAUGAUGUCAUCAUCCCAGUCAUUCUGAAGGAGGGGAUUGAUGAACUCCCCAACCACUGCAAACUCACUCCAGGUGUACCAUUGAGGCCCAUGCUGGCUCACCCCACCAAAGGUGUAGGAGAGGUGAUGAAGAGAUUUGAUGAAGCCGCCUUCACCUGCGAGUACAAGUAUGAUGGAGAACGAGCACAGAUCCAUAUCUUGGAGAACGGCGAAGUGCGUAUUUUCAGUCGUAACCAGGAGGAUAAUACCACCAAAUAUCCUGACAUCAUCUCUCGCAUUCAUACGGUAAAGAAUGAGUCUGUGAUCUCCUGUGUGUUGGACUCUGAGGCAGUAGCUUGGGACAGAGAGAAGAAACAGAUCCAACCAUUCCAGGUUCUCAUCACACGGAAGAGAAAGGACGUGGCUGCAGCUGAUAUCAAGGUCCAAGUGUGUGUGUACGCCUUCGACCUGCUGUAUCUCAAUGGAGAGUCUCUAGUGAAGCAGCCCUUGUCAUGUCGCAGGGCUCUGUUGAAGAAGAGCUUCCAGGAGAAGGAGGGGGAGUUUAUGUUCGCCCGCGCCAUCGACUCAGACAACACAGACGCCAUAGCUGAGUUCCUGGAGCAAUCGGUUCGAGACUCCUGUGAGGGACUCAUGGUGAAGACUCUGGAGAAAGAUGCCACGUAUGAAAUCGCCAAGCGCUCUCACAACUGGCUCAAGCUGAAGAAGGAUUAUCUGGAUGGCGUGGGGGACACGGUGGAUCUGUGUGUGAUCGGAGCCUAUCUGGGGAAGGGCAAGAGAACAGGGACCUACGGAGGCUUUCUGCUCGCUUGCUACGAUGAGGACAACGAAGAGUUCCAGUCCGUCUGCAAGAUUGGGACAGGUUUCAAGGAUGAAGAUUUGGAGCAACAUUACAAAUUCUUAAAGGAGCAUAUUUUGCCAAAGCCCCGGCCCUAUUACCGUGUCGACCAAUCAACUGAGCCCGACCUGUGGCUCGAUGCCGUGCAAGUAUGGGAAGUGAAGUGUGCCGACCUAUCGCUGUCGCCGAUCUACAAGGCUGGCAUGGGAUUGUGUGACCCAGAGAAGGGCAUCUCUCUUCGGUUCCCACGCUUCCUGAGGAUCAGAGAUGAUAAGAAGCCGGAGGAGGCCACUUCAGGAGGACAGAUUGCUGAUUUAUACAGGAAGCAGCAGGUUGUUCAGAAUCAGGGUGACAAAGCUGACCUCGAGGACUACUACUGACCUCUGACCCGAUCAGCUGCCCGCCCAGUCACCAAUAACUCGGGUGAAACCUCAAUGUGUACAUAAUUAUUAUUGUUUUUUUUUUUAAUGAUGAACUUGAAUAUGGCUCUGCCAAUGCAAAAAUGAAAGCGAAGACCCUGUGAACAGCCGUGUUGCUCGAUAUAGGCUUUGCCAAUGUUAUGACGUUAAACAGUUUGUUGUACCUAAGGCUUAUUUUGUGGGGGGAUCGUAUUCACACCAGUAUAAAGUACAGUUGUCAAUGACUCAAAUAAAUCACCGUGAUGUAUGUGAAUAAAGGCUUUUGCUAAUUUUAUAAUA